AUGGACAGCCCUGGCAACAUCACCAUGCCCUGUGGCUUUCUCCUUCGGGGCUUUGCCGAGUUCCCACACCUGAGACCUGCGCUCUUCCUGCUGCUGCUGGCGGUGCACCUGGCCACCCUGAGCGGGAAUUUGCUCAUCCUAGUGGCUGUGGCCUCGGUGCCCAGCCGGCCGCCCAUGCUUCUCUUCCUGUGCCAGCUGUCAGCUAUCGAGCUCUGCUACACGCUGGUGGUGGUACCCCGCUCGCUGGCCGAUCUGACCAUGCCCAACCAGGGCAGGGGCAGCCCCAUCUCUUUCCUGGGCUGCGCGGUUCAGAUGCAGUUGUUCGUGGCGCUAGGUGGGGCCGAGUGCUUCCUGCUGGCCGCCAUGGCCUACGAUCGCUAUGUAGCCAUCUGCCACCCGCUGCGCUACGCGGCUGUGGUGACCCCUGGAUUGUGCGUGAAACUGGCCCUGGCCUGCUGCUUCGGGGGACUGGCAGUGUCCCUGGGACUCACGGUAGCCGUCUUCCACCUGCCUUUUUGCGGAUCCCACCUGCUGGUGCACUUCUUCUGUGACAUCACAGCACUCCUGCACCUGGCCUGCACUCGGAGCUACAUCGACGAAUUACCCUUGCUGGGCGCCUGCCUGGUGCUUCUGCUGCUGCCUUCCGUGCUCAUCCUGGCUUCCUAUGGCGCCAUCGUCGCGGCCCUCCGCCGUCUACGCUCCGCUGGCGGACAGCGCAAGGCCGCCUCCACCUGCGCCUCGCAUCUGGUGGUCACCUUCCUGCACUAUGGCUGCGCCACCUUCAUGUAUGUACGUCCCAAAGCCAGCUACACCCCGAAGCUGGACCGCACGCUAGCGCUGGUUUAUACCAAUGUCACACCGCUGCUCUACCCGCUCAUCUACAGCCUGCGCAACCGCGAGAUCACUGCUGCCAUUCGGAGGGUCCUGGGACGUCGGCGGCCGACCCAAGCUGUGGGUCAGAGCCUGUGUGAGCUCUAA